AUUGGGCUCACAUGAGCUGCUGGUGGGACUCAUUUCAAACAAGCGCAGCAGUCUCAUGUCUGACCUCUACUCCUUCCUACCCAACUGCCCACCCUACCCAUACGCCCAGCUCUCUCCCUUUUCUAUCAGACACUCCCAUCCUCUCUUGAUGUGUUCCCUCCCCUCUCAGUGUUUUUUUCACUUUUCUGUUCUGCUUUGGGCUCAGAAGACCACAACCUGAGCCUAUAGGCUGAAGCUGACAUGACUCCAGAAAAGGACAGUCAUAGUCUUGACACCUAUACAUUUGGACUUGAAGGGCGCUUUUGUGAUCUACCUGACACAAAAAAUGGAGAUGAAAUGGAGGGAGAAAACAACAAGCUAGCGUACUGUGUGACAGAUGUACCUCCCUGGUACCUGUGCAUCGUCCUAGGCAUCCAGCACUGUUUGACUGCAUUUGGAGGUAUCAUCGCCAUCCCGUUAAUCUUGUCUUCGGGGUUGUGUCUGCAGUUUGAUGGCCUCACACAAAGCCACCUCAUCAGCACCAUCUUCUUCGUCUCUGGCAUAUGCACUCUGUUGCAAGUUACUUUCGGCAUUAGACUGCCCAUUCUCCAAGGUGGUACAUUCACAUUGCUGGCACCUUCCAUGGCAAUGCUGUCCAUGCCAGAGUGGACAUGUCCAUCUUGGACCCAAAAUGCCAGCCUAGUCAACACCUCCUCCACAGACUUCAUAGAGGUGUGGCAGAGUCGAAUGAGAGCACUGCAGGGGUCCAUUAUGGUGGGCUCACUCUUCCAGGUGUUUGUUGGUUUCUCCGGCCUCAUCGGCCUCUUCAUGCGCUUCAUUGGACCUCUCACCAUCGCUCCCACCAUCGCUCUCAUUGGACUGUCCCUGUUUGACUCAGCUGGUACCAGUGCUGGCAACCACUGGGGCAUCUCUAGCAUGACCACAGCACUGAUCAUCCUAUUCUCCCAGUACCUCCGUCACAUACCUGUGCCCUUUCCUACGUACAGCAAAGAGAAAAAGCUGCACACCUCCCGUGUCUACGUCUUUCAGAUUCUCCCAGUUCUGCUUGGAAUCAUUCUGUCUUGGCUCAUCUGCUACAUUUUGACAGUCUCCAAUGUUCUUCCUGCUGAACCAGACCGGUAUGGCUACCUGGCCCGCACUGAUCUAAAGGGAGAUGUUGUGAGCCAAGCUCCUUGGUUCAAUUUUCCGUACCCAGGUCAGUGGGGGAUGCCGACUGUGAGCCUGGCGGGAGUGGUUGGCAUCUUGGCUGGUGUGAUUUCCUCCAUGAUAGAAUCUGUAGGGGACUACCACGCUUGUGCCAGGCUGUCUGGGGCUCCACCUCCCCCUAAACAUGCUAUCAACAGGGGUAUUGGCAUCGAGGGACUGGGCUGUCUGUUGGCGGGAGCCUGGGGUACAGGAAAUGGUACCACUUCGUACAGCGAGAAUGUUGGAGCCCUCGGUAUAACAAAGGUUGGCAGUCGCAUGGUGAUAGUAGCCAGCGGAGUCUUGAUGGUUGCCAUGGGUGUGUUUGGUAAAGUGGGCGCCAUAUUCACCACUAUCCCAUCACCCGUGGUGGGAGGGAUGUUCAUGGUUAUGUUUGGUGUCAUCUCUGCAGCAGGAGUUUCUAAUCUGCAGUAUGCAGAUAUGAAUUCUUCUCGAAACAUCUUCAUUUUUGGCUUCUCCAUGUUUUCUGGUCUGGUCAUUCCUAACUGGAUUUUUAAGAACCCCACAGCUAUUUCUACAGGUGUUGCUGAAGUUGACCAGGUGCUGCAAGUACUUCUGACAACCAGUAUGUUUGUAGGAGGUUUCUUUGGCUUCAUACUAGACAACACAAUUCCAGGAUCAAAGCAUGAACGAGGCAUCCUGGCGUGGAACAAGGCUCACGAGGAUGACUGCAGCAACACGCUGGAGAGCGGAGAAGUCUACAACCUUCCCUUUGGCAUCAGCUCGUACUUGUCUUCUUCCUCCUGGCUGCGGUACAUACCUUUCUGCCCUCCUGGUGAGUCCAGCUCCCUGGAUGGAUGCACAGCAGAUACUAAUGCCCUGGAGCCUAAGCAGCCACUUGGACAUCCAGAGCCUUCACAUAUCAUUAUUGGAGUUGCAAUGUGAGUUGUGAACUCACUUCAGCAUGCCAUUUUGGGGAUUUUUUUCCCCAAAAACCAUCAGAGGCAGCUCAGUUUUGGAUCUCCUGUCCUUUGUUAAAGACAUAGUACUGUAACAACAUGGUGCAAAGUAUUCCACGUGACCUUUUUGAGUGAAAUUUGCAAAAAGCACCUUGCAUAAGAUUGGUUAACGUAUGGACUUUCUUUAGGGGGGUGCUUAGAUACCUGAAUUUAUAUUUAGUUGAUUUUUUGUAAAUUAUUAUUGAUAAAAAGCUGACUAUAUAUAUAAUACAGUAUAUACUGUAUAUAUAGCUAUAUAUUCUUGAAAACAUUUUUUCUGUACAGUAAUUUGUAUUCACAGAGCAUAACAAUGUUGCGCAUAAACAAUGAUUAAUUUAGUUUGCUUGAUGUUUUAUUAGAUUUCUACCGUCUUAUCAGUCUUAGAAUGCAAUCACAACCACGUAAUGUGAAUGUAAUGCCUUAUUCAGCAUAUAAAUCCAAGGUAUGGUUUCAUGUAUACCAUAUUUAAUAAUUGUGUCAUUAUCAGUCUAUGCACUUUACCUAUUUGUGGCAACAGUUUCUGACAGGAUUUCUCUCUCAGGCUCCUUUUACCCUGCCAGCAUACAAGAUGCAGUGUUUCCUCAAUGCACAAGCCAGGACUGCCCUCUGAUCUCAAUGGAUGUUUUUUUCUUACGUGCAUAUUAAACUCCAUCAUGGAGCCAUUGCAUUGCAA